UGAGUGAACCAAGUUUUGCUUGUCCAAUGUCAUUGCAAACAAUUUUAAAAAAGUUAGUCCUAUAAAAAGUAACUGUACUGCUUUUUUUAUUAAUUCAUAGCUUCCGUCAAAUCAAAUAGAAUUCGUUCUGAUAUCCAAAAAAUUCGUUACAAAACAUCUGGUACAAAAGAAGUGAAAUGGUUUCAAGUCGUGUCGCCUUUGGAUUGAUGCUGUUUGGCAUACUGUCAUUUAGCGAAUAUAGACCAGCAACUGGUUUGAUAGUUCCUCCACCAUAUCGAGAUUACGGAAAAAUCCCCCAUUACGUGGCUCGCUAUUUAGUUCAUAAGUCAAAUUGGACAUCGAUGGGAACCAUAUCGAGUCAAUCGUUUUUUCAGGGUUUUCCAAUGGUGAAUGUCAUAUCAAUUGCUGAUAGCGCCAAUAAUGGACCAUCGACGGGACACAUCUAUUUUUUGCUCACCGAUUUGGAUUUCACCGGACAAGAUUUGGCCAUUGAUAACAAAUUAACAGCUAUGUUUACCGAAGACCAAGAUUUAGCCUGCACAUCCAAAAACAUCGACACCAUGGAACCUACAUGUGCACGAGCCAUUUUCACUGGCAAAGUAGUGCGUUUGAUACCGGGCACAGACGAACACAAACAAGCAGCCGAAUGGUACACCGACCGACAUCCAGCAUCAAUAAAAUGGCAAAGUACGCAUGAAUUCUACUUCUGCAAAUUGGAUAUCGAGCAAAUCGCUGUCCUGGAUUAUUACGGCGGUGUAAACUACGUUUCCGUCGAUGACUACUAUAAUGCCAAUUAAGAUGCAGACGCAAGCGCAAACGAUAUUAAAAGUGUUGUUGAGCCAUCGAUCUUUGGACUAAAACAGUUGUAAUCAAUUCGAUUCUAAAGAUGGUGGCAAUUUUAAGCCGAUAGUAUAAACCAAAAAUGUUUACAUUGUCCAAAGAAAACUAAAAUAAAACCAUUGUUUCAUUAGUUUGA